AUGGCUCCCGAAGCUCAGCCAAACGGCGGUCCCACGCCAGUGGUCGCCGGGCGUGAUACCAUUGUCACCGUCAUUUCCACCAUGGAGUCCACGCCCACUGCGGCCACGUCCAGCGCGGCGGUCAAGUCAAAGUCCAACAUCGGCCCCAUUGUCGGUGGUCUUGUCGGCGGCAUCGCUGCUGGUCUCGUGCUUAUUGGCCUCAUCAUCUGGCUCUUCCGCUGGCGCAAGAACAAGAAGGAGUCUGAGAAGCAGAUCCUCGAGAAGCGCCGCAAACGUCUGGAGCAAAAGUAUCGCGUCACCCAGCACUCGACCACGUCGUCCUUGAGCAGCAACGCGCGCCUCAACUCGGUGGCCGUGUCCGAGAAGAGCUUCGACCCCAGCGUGCCCGUCACUCCCCCGGUCCGUCUCCUCACGACGCACGAGUCGCCCAAGGCAAUCGACCCCUUCCAGAACGAGCACGGCUACGGCCAGGCCAUGCAGUACGUCGUUCCCGCGGCUGGCAACAACAUGGUGCAGCAGCCCUACGACCAGCAGCCGACUGUUGUGUACGUGCCCAUCGUCCUCAACAAUGAGCAACCCCCAGCCGCCGUGUCUUAUACUCCCCCGUCGCCUCCGGCGUCCGAUUCCGACUCUGGUUCCUCGUCUUCAGGAUCGUCUGGAGGCCCCCAAUCUCAGCCUUCUUCUAGCGGAUCCUCGCGCCGCAGUUCCACUCGAGGCGCCGCUCGCGCAGCUGCCUCCGAGCUCGCCGUCGCGUCAGCGUCUGCCCCGCUCUCGUCACGCCACCGCCCACUGCGCCCGUCUCCUCUCGCCAACUCUUCAGAGCACAUGCGCAACUCUGCGUUCAACGGCGGCUCCCCGGACCCGUCGCUCAGCGUGUCGCCGGCGUCGUCGUCGUCGGAUGGAUGUUCCCCAUUUUCUUCAUCACCAGGCACAAUGUCCCCGCCUUCUUCGGAUUCGCACGCCGCCGCAUAUGCGGCUGCCGCCGGAGGAGCCUGGGCGAUGCCUCACGGCCAGGACAAGAUGGAGGCGCACAUGGACUUUACCAAGCCCAAGGGGGUUGACGCGUCGCCUGAACUCGACGGCGACGAUGUCCGCACUCUGUCUGGCGUGUACUCUUACGACCCGUUCGCCGAGUACCACAGUUACGAGGCCAUGAUCGAUGGCCGUGAGGACCUCGCGCCUGAGACUACCUACGCCGUCGAGCCUGGACACGCCGUCUAG